AUGGAGUCGGAGGCAAUGGCGUCGUUCAUCGGUGUUGCUGGAGUCUCAGGCGAAGGCGUCGUUCAUCGGAGUGAAGAAAUAAAAGAAGAAAAAGAGAAAGAGAAGAGGAGAAGAAGAGCAGACGACGAGAGCGGCUUCGAAAUCCAUGUCUCACCAUGUCCUAAACAAACAUUUGCUUCCUAA